CUUUGGAUUCUGUUGACUUGUGCUGACGUCUGUGUCUUCUUGGCAGCAUUUGCUCUCUAUGACUUUCACCUUCAAACACCAAAGGACCAGUUACUUGAGCCUAAAUUAGUGGAUUGUAAUUAAUUUGAGGAGAUGACAUAUAAAUAUAGCUUUUUAUUUUAAGCAGGUAAAAUGAACCAGGGUAAGGGGCUCUGAGGGAGAAAAGAGAAUAAAAGCUCUGAGUGUGGAAGGCAUAACACUCAUCAAUAGGAGGGCCACCUGGGACUUUUUUUUCUGUUCACAGCUCUUAUCUCUAUUGGUGAUUUUGAUCUAGAAAAAAAGUGCAAUGAUCCCUUCACUUCAUCUCCUUCCUCACAGAGACAGAAGUAGGAGCUCUGGGCAGCAAUAGGAGGAUGUUUGUCACCUUUCCCUUUCCCUGGCUGCUGCCCUAGGGCAGGAAUGUAACCUUGGGCAACACUUCUUUUCACUGUGCUUUUUCCUCAGCUCUUUCCUACCUUCCUCUGCUGGCCCUGCUAUUCUCCCUAGAGCAAAAUAAACAAGAGAUAUGGAAUUCUUGUGAAGGAGUUCUAGAUGGGUAGACUUUGAAACCGCCCUGGGAAAAUCAGCCUUUUGAAGCCUCAGUUUCUUUACCUCUAAAAUGAUGGUAAUACUACCUAUCUUAUUGGUUACUACCUAACUUUUGAGCACUUGGUAGGUGCCAAGAGGAUUUAGAGAAAUAAUGCAUGUAGAACCUUUACAACAUACCUAAUGUAUCAAACAUUCAGUAAACGGCAGUUAUUAAAGAUGCUGCUGCUGCUUCUGCUAGAAGAACUUUCCCAAGUAGUGUAAAAGGAGAAGGCUAAGUGUGCUGGAAGGUAGCAUUGGUCCACUCUUAGCAAUUAUUGAGGCUGGCUUGGGAAGGCUGGGCACAUGGAAGUGGAAGAAUAUCAGGACUGCACACGUCAGAGGCGAAACUUCCCAGAACCCGCCCCUGAGAACUGCAGUGGCAGAAUCUCAUCAACUGGCCACAUGAGAGAUUACGCUUCAUGUCGGUAGAAAUGGACAGCAGCAGUUUUAUUCAGUUUGAUGUGCCUGAGUACAGCAGCACCGUUCUGAGCCAGCUAAAUGAACUCCGCCUGCAAGGGAAACUAUGUGACAUCAUUGUCCACAUUCAGGGUCAGCCAUUCCGAGCCCACAAAGCUGUCCUUGCUGCCAGCUCCCCAUAUUUCCGGGACCAUUCAGCGUUAAGUACCAUGAGUGGCUUGUCAAUAUCAGUGAUUAAAAAUCCCAAUGUGUUUGAACAGUUGCUUUCAUUUUGUUACACUGGAAGAAUGUCCUUGCAGCUGAAGGAUGUUGUCAGUUUUCUAACUGCAGCUAGCUUUCUUCAGAUGCAGUGUGUCAUUGACAAGUGCACACAGAUCUUAGAGAGCAUCCAUUCAAAAAUCAGUGUUGGAGAUAUUGACUCCGUUACUAUCGGUGCUGCAGAGACUCCAGAAAGUCGAAAUGGUGUUAAAGACGGCAGCUUUUUUGCCAACCCAGUUGAGAUUUCCCCUCCAUAUUGCUCUCAGGUGCGGCAACCCACUGCAAGCAGUGAUCUUCGGAUGGAGACAACCCCCAGCAAAGCUUUGCGCAGCCGCUUACAAGAGGAAGGGCAUUCAGACCGAGGGAGCAGUGGGAGCGUUUCUGAGUAUGAAAUUCAGAUAGAGGGGGACCAUGAACAAGGAGACCUGUUGGCGAGGGAGAGCCAGAUCACUGAGGUGAAAGUGAAGAUGGAGAAGUCUGACCGGCCCAGCUGUUCCGACAGCUCCUCCCUGGGUGAUGAUGGGUACCACACCGAGAUGGUUGAUGGGGAACAAGUUGUGGCAGUGAAUGUGGGUUCCUAUGGUUCUGUGCUACAGCAUGCAUAUUCAUAUUCCCAAGCAGCCUCACAGCCAACCAGUGGUGUAUCAGAAGCUUUUGGAAGUUUGAGUAAUUCCAGUCCAUCCAGAUCCAUGCUGAGCUGUUUCCGAGGAGGGCGUGCCCGCCAGAAGCGGGCUCUUUCUGUCCAUCUGCACAGUGAUCUUCAGGGUUUGGUGCAAGGGUCUGACAGCGAAGCUAUGAUGAAUAACCCCGGGUAUGAGAGCAGUCCCCGGGAGAGGAGUGCAAGAGGUCACUGGUACCCGUACAGUGAGAGGUUGAUCUGUAUUUACUGUGGAAAGUCCUUCAACCAGAAAGGAAGCCUUGAUAGGCACAUGCGGCUCCAUAUGGGAAUCACCCCCUUUGUGUGCAAAUUCUGCGGGAAGAAGUAUACACGGAAGGACCAACUGGAGUAUCACAUCCGCGGCCAUACUGAUGAUAAACCAUUCCGCUGUGAGAUUUGUGGGAAGUGCUUUCCAUUCCAAGGUACCCUCAACCAGCACCUGCGGAAAAACCACCCAGGAGUAGCUGAAGUCAGGAGUCGCAUUGAGUCCCCUGAGAGAACAGAUGUGUACGUGGAACAGAAACUAGAAAAUGAUGCGUCAGCCUCAGAGAUGGCCCUAGAUUCCCGGAUGGAAAUUCAUACAGUAUCCGAAGUUCCUGAUUAAGAUGGUAAAGUGUACCCAAACAAAGCACAUUAAUCAAUGCAUAUUUGUGAUUUGCUUUGUUGUAAUCUUUGGUUUUCCCAACCAUCUGGAAAUCUCUUGAUCUCUUGGCAGUUUUUCUAAGGUUUCUGGAUGGAACACUUCAUUGUGUUUAUCCUUCUCCCCACUCUCCCUCCCUCAAGGAGCUCAAAGCAUGAAGGGCAGCAUAUCCAGGGAAAACAUAGGCUGACAGUAUUCCUCUUUGGCUGAACUUUUAAUACAAAAUCUGCCAGUGAUUUAGCUAUGCCAACUGGUUGACCCUACAUUCUCUGCCAAGAGGCACGUUCUCUCUUCGUGUGUGCUGGCACCAGUGCAUUUCCAUGGAGAGAGACAAGGAUGCCGUCAGCUGAUACAAAUGGGUAACCUUUUCUAAUUUAAAAUUACUUUUAGGGGGUAGUUAGACAAUUUAUAUAUAUAUAUAAUAAAGUGAUUAUUAUAUAUAUAGUAUAUAUACAUUCUCAAAUUGAUUUUAUUCUGGUUGAGGUGAAUGUAAGAGGAAUAUAUAGUUUAAUACAAUGUGAACAGAGCUUUUGACUCUGUCUCAUCCCUACUUAAUAUGUUAGGGUUUUGCCCCUUUAUUUCCCUUACAAAAGAAUGUUAAUGGGUUUUCAUAUAUAUUAAUCAUUGUGUCCAAAAGCAAGCAAAGCAAAUCACAGUUUUCAUAGCUCUGCUUCAUAACAAAUACAUAAACCAAAUGCCAUAAAAUUUACUCAACUCUAUUUGGAAACCAUUUGGAAUUUUUGUUAGUUGUCCAGUAGGUAAACUGGAUGACCUGUGGUGCUGACCUUUUUACAUAUUGUAGUGUUAUAUUAGCCAACCCCAAAGGAGCAGUGGUUUUCAUUAUUUUUACUGGCUUACAAAUCUACCUUCAUUCCGUACUGUAGAAACAUACAUACCAGGUAACUAAAUUGAAUCACUCUCUACCGUGAAUGAGUUAGUACUCGCACUAAAGGAAAGGGAUUUGUAGUUCUUUCUACAAAAUUCUUCAAGCAGUGUUGUAGGAUUUUUGUUGUUGUUUUCUUUCUCUUUUCAAACAGCCAGUUCAGGUGCACGGCAACUUUUUCUACAUGCAGUUCCCAGGGAAACUGCAGAAACUUGGAAUUUGUACUUUUUGUAAAGAUAUACUCUAUGGGAAUUGCAAGCAAUAUAUCUAUCUUAGUAUUGUGUGUGCUAAUGAGAGCCUCAGUGGCUCCUCCACUCUCUCAGUGUUUCCUGCUUAAAGAAACCAACAGUUAAAAAGCCCUCUAAGAUACUCUUGAGUGUCACCAGAUCUGUGUGUCACCAUUUUUUUUUUUUGUCAUGUGGUGCUAUUUUUAUGUUAAGUAUCUUUUAGGUCAGUAUAGUGUAGAAAAUGUGAAAUCUAAUGGUAACAGUGGAUUACAAUUUUUUUUCCUCUCUUGAGUUCAUAGCUUGAAUAGAGACCUCAAAAGCAUGUGCUGGCAAACACAUUACUGUAUGAAAAUAUACCUGAGUCCUGUUGGAAUAAUGUUUGAUUAGUACUUUAGGAAAUGUCUUCAGUUCUAUAUUUUACUCUCGUGUGUUUGUAGUAUACAAAACAGGCUUUACACGAAUGCGUUGGUACUGUAUACUCUGGCAGAGAGUAAUUUUGUAAGUAAUUUGGUCCCAAGUUUGUGCUGCAGGCUGCUGUUGGGAUGUCAGCACUCCAGACUCUUGUUUGAGAACCUUGGCUCUGAAACUCACAACCAAUGCCUCCUCAGGAGAACAGCACAACCACCCAAAAGAAAAUUAAAAUGAACAGACCAACUUCAUGGGCUAUCAGUUAAGUUAAAAGAACACACACAAAAAUAGACGUUUGCUGGUUUUCCAUGCUUUUUUGGCUCUUAAAAUACAAAUAAUGGUGGGAUUUUUUUUUUUUUUUUUUUUUUGGUUGUCAUUUUUUGUGUUUUUGAGAAAAAAAAAUCAUUCAAGCCCUUUGUGUUUAAUAGCCCCCGGGGGUGGUAGCUGUGCAGUAGCAUCUCUUUGGCACACAGGAUCUGCUCGCAUGUGAACUGCUGCACUACACAUCAGUGUUAUUACGUACAGAUUAUAUUCUAAAUCCUACUGCUCCAGAGGAGCAGCUUUUGCUAAAUCGGGUAUAUAGUAUGCCUUUUUCCUCGUCAAACUGCCUAAGUAAGGGGUUUGUUCUCUCCCUGAAGCACUUGUUCAAUUUCUGUUAAAGCUGUGUGCCUCAAGGGGAGACUGGACCCCAAGUGUUUACCCACUUUAAAUAUGUUCUGGGGUUUCAGGUAAAAUGUUUGUGAUUUUUUUCCUUACAAGGAUAAGUU